AUGGCCCCCAGGCGGACUCUGGAGGCCUCGCUGUCGCUCAAGAGUAGGGCGGAGGCAAUACUCAGAGCUCAGUAUGGACCCGAUAGCCUACAGAAGGUACAGAAGAAGCAGCGAACCACUCCAAAUACAGUUCCCAGGAGAACAAAAGCUGGCUCGAAAGCGCAGCCUGUUGAUCUGAGGGAGGAUCACACCACUUCUCCAGUCUCUACACCGGUCAAGAAACGAAAGAAGACAACGCUCCCAUCAUCUCCCCUCAUCGAGAAACGUCUCCGUCGCUUUCGCGCCCACCCUCCAGGAACCUUCCUCCAGAAGCUCGAACGCGCACGUACCCAGCGCAUGAUCGUUCUGUCUCGGAAGCGGACCUCAUCAACUUCCGAAGAUAUCGACAUUGUCGGCUCGACUGGCAACAUCUAUACCGUCACCAUCGACAAUGUCCCCUCAUGCACCUGCCCGGACAGCCUGAAAGGCAACGAAUGCAAGCACAAGGUCUACGCCCUGAACACAGUCUUGCACGCACCAGAGAAUCUUGUGUACCAGCUCGCACUCCUCACGUCUGAGCUAGAAGAGAUUUUCGCAGGAGCACCACCGAUUCCAGCAGAUACAGUCUCCGAUGCCGAUGCCGACCCCAACGUGAAGUCGAAGCGCAAGCCUAUUGAAGCGGAUGCAGAAUGUCCAAUUUGCUACAUGGAGAUGGUGGCCGACGGAGGAGAAGAGCUGGUCUGGUGCAAAGCAGCCUGCGGAAAUAAUAUGCACAAGUCGUGCUUCGACCAGUGGGUAGCAUCACAGCGAGGCAGCACUGUCAAAUGUGUAUAUUGUCGGACGCCAUGGGAGAUGGACGCAAAGGAUCUGAAAAAGGCUGCUACACAGGGAGCCAUCAACGGCGAGGGGUACGUGAACGUCGCAGAGCAGUUUGGUAUGAGUGGUCGGCGGGAUUACAGCUCCUAUCAUCCGUUCUGGGUAAGGAAUCAGCUGGGCAUGGGCUGGUGA